GGCUAACGGGAACGGACGGGAACUAGCUUGCUGUGACAACCACAGUGACAGUCACCGGUCGUGGUGAUCCACCUCCAGCUGCACACGUCCCUGCGGUGAUCUAACGGUCAUAGAGGGCAACUUUAAAAACUGAGCACCCACAACGGGGUCCUGUCUUCCGCCUCGAAGCGCCCUCGCAGCGUCCGCGGCUCUCGUCCUUUAAUCGGCCAGCCUCAUCCAGCCCCACUGUGGAUCUUUAGCCCCACUGUGGAUCUUUAGCCCCACUGUGGAUCUUUAGCCCCUCCGGCAGGACAGUGGCAGAGGCAAAGGCAGAGCCAUCGGGGACCAGACCAGCAGGCAGCAGGGCUCCAUGAGUGCGACGGGGCAUCAGCAGCAGCAAGGUGGGGGCCCGCGUUCUCGCCGAAGCCUUGCCCGGGACAAGGACCCGGGGCAGGGCAUGGGCAUGGAGGCGGCCUGCUGCCUGGCCCCCGGAGUGCUGCGCCGGCUGAUCGAGCUGCCCGCACCCCCCCUGUCCAGACACCAACUCAAGAGACUGGAGGAGCACAGGUACAGCAGCGCUGGACGCUCCUUGCUGGAGCCUCUGAUGCAGCGUUACUGGGAGUGGUUGGUGGGACGAGUCCCCUCCUGGAUCGCCCCCAACCUCAUCACCAUCAUCGGCCUGGCCACCAACGUCUUCACCACCCUCGUGCUCAUUUACUAUUGUCCCACUGCCACCGAACAGGCGCCGCUCUGGGCGUACCUGCUGUGUGCCGUGGGUCUGUUCAUCUACCAGUCGCUGGACGCCAUCGACGGGAAGCAGGCCCGACGCACCAACAGCAGCUCCCCGCUGGGCGAGCUGUUCGACCACGGCUGCGACUCGCUCUCCACGGUGUUCGUGGUGUUGGGAACCAGCAUCGCGGUGCAGAUGGGCACAAACCCCGACUGGAUGUUCUUCUGCUGCUUCGCCGGGAUGUUCAUGUUCUACUGCGCCCACUGGCAGACAUACGUGUCGGGAACGCUGCGCUUCGGCAUCAUCGACGUGACCGAGGUGCAGAUCUUCAUUAUAAUCAUGUAUCUGCUGGCCGCCGUGGGAGGAUCCGCCUUUUGGCAGUCGCUGGUAAAUGUGACCACUCCGACUUCCAAUGUUUUCAGUAUCCCGAUCCUAAAUAUCCAGAUGAAAAUGGUACCUGCCAUCUGCACUUUCUUGGGAGCCAUCUUCUCCUGCACCAAUUACUUCAGAGUUAUUUUCACGGGGGGAGUCGGCAAGAACGGAUCCACAAUAGCAGGAACCAGCGUCCUCUCUCCGUGCUUUCACAUUGGUUCGGUUAUCAUUCUGGCGAUGAUGAUAUACAAGAAGUCUGCCGUCCAGCUCUUCGAGAAACACCCGUGUCUGUACAUUCUGGCGUUUGGCUUCGUCUCAGCCAAAAUCACCAAUAAAUUAGUUGUUGCACAUAUGACAAAAAGUGAGAUGCAUCUCCACGAUUUAGCCUUCCUGGGACCAGGACUCCUGUUCCUGGAUCAGUACUUCAAUAGUUUUAUUGACGAGUACCUGGUGCUGUGGAUUGCAUUGAUCAUUUCCUUCUUUGACUUGCUGCGUUACUGCGUCAGUGUUUGCAACCAGAUCGCCUGCCACCUUCACAUCUUUGUUUUCAAAAUCAAGCCGUGCUCAUUGCUCAGCUCAGCUGCUCACUGAGGACACGCGGGGCUCCACUGACUCUGCCCCCCACACACCCGACCCCCACCUGACCUCCACCCCUUCCUCCCCUCUGUUCCCCCCUCUAGAGAGUCAGGGGUGACCUGGUGUUCAAAAAAGAUAAAGUU